CGUCACAGAUGCUAGCUAGGGCUGUUUCUUGUGCCGGUGGAGUGAAAAGUUUGCACAGGCCACAAGAAUCCAGCCCCAGCGCAACCGAUAACCUUUCAAUAAAAUCAGAUUUGUGUGGAAUUUACAGAUUUGAGAUUUACAGUGUAGUGAUACAGAAUGUAGCAGAAGUAUAAUUGUAUGGAAAAGUUGGUUAGAGGUCAGGUACAAAAACAUCACUGCUUAUUCCAACACACAAUAAUCACCAUGAGUGGCUUAGGUGUCACAUAUCACUAAGAGCACAACAGAAAACACACACACACUCACUCACACACACACACACACACACACACACACAAAACAUACACGUCUGGAUGUAAGAGUGGUGGUUGAAGCGGUGCACAAUGAAGAGAGGACGAAGAAAAGGUGGGAGCAAAGACAAGGUGUUUGGAUGUGACCUGGUGGAACAUUUAGCUGCGACUAGUCAAGAAAUUCCUCUGGUACUCCGUAACUGCAGUAUGUUCAUUGAAGAGCAUGGCAUCGUUGAUGGGAUCUACAGAUUGUCUGGUGUGUCAUCCAACACACAGAAACUAAGAUCAGAGUUUGACAGCGAGGGGUCUCCAGACUUGUAUAAAGAUGUUUAUCUGCAGGACAUUCACUGUGUCAGUUCCCUGUGUAAGGCGUACUUCAGAGAGCUGCCCAACCCACUGCUCACAUAUCAACUCUAUGACCACUUUGCUGAAGCUGUGGCUGUUCAGUUAGAGGAUGAGAGACUGGUGAAGAUCAAGGAAGUGCUGAAAGAGCUACCACAGCCUCAUUACCGGACUCUGGAAUAUUUGAUGAAACAUUUAGUCCGGAUGGCUACAUUUUCUAAUCAGACCAACAUGCACGCCAGAAAUCUAGCCAUUGUGUGGGCUCCCAAUCUCCUCAGAUCGAAGGACAUCGAGGCAUCUGGUUUUAACGGCACUGCGGCUUUCAUGGAGGUGCGAGUCCAGUCCAUUGUGGUGGAAUUUAUUCUGACUCAUGUGACUCAGCUGUUUCCCGAAUUGGAUCUUGAACCAGGACCAACUUCAGAGCGCAGAAAGUCUCUCCCUUCACCAUCCAUACUGUCCAGCCAGGAAGAGCACUUCUUCAAGGCCUUGCCUUUCCAAUUCCCAGGCAACAUGAGUCCUGGAGAUGGUCCUCCACCAAUGAGACCUUACCAUGCCAUCAUCGAUGGCACGGACAAGAGGAAGGGAUCACUAAAAGGCAGAAAAUGGAAAUCUAUCUUCAAUUUAGGUGGAAGGCUCCAUGAUCCUCGCAAAAAGAAGUACGCACCCAAGGAAAAAGAGAAGAACACGCUAAGGCCUGCUAAAAGUAUGGACUCUUUGAGCUCAGGACCUUACAUGCAGGAAGAUUCCCGGCAUGCUUCUCCACACAUAUCUCCUUUAGCUAUGCCCCCUGGAACUGCAGAAGGCGGGUCCACUGGGGGUGGGGGCGUGGGUAGUGGAUAUGCCGUGACAUACAGGCGUACAGGUGGGGCUAGUGUGAGCAUGGUGAGCGGAGGGGGUGGGGCUCAGGGCACUUACAGGAGCCUGGAUCCAGGGGCUGGGGCCAAUGCAGACAAAUUACAGACUCCGUCUCAAGCGAUGCCCAGCAGGGCAGAACGCCGUGCAGGAAUGCACAUUUCUGGGCCUUUUUCAGUUACCGUCCCUCUUCAUAUAACCUCAGGGCUGGCACUGGGGGUACUACAGGGAGGAAGAGCUGAGGAGGAAGAGCUUAGACAGGGGCAGAAUGAGGAGGAACAGCAAAAGAAAGACAAAAAGGACAAUGAGGAAGAAAAGGAAACAGAACCGGAUGAAGAGAACGUUCAAACAGAUAAGAAGACAGGGAGCAUGAAUGAGAAUGACAACAAGGAAAAGAAGAUGGAUGAUGUGAGUGAAGAAAAUGGGGAGACAGUAGUUGAAAGAGAAGACAGAGAGCCUGAGGAGGCCGGACCUGAGGAGAGAGAAGAGUCUGAAGAUAAAGGUGAAAGGGAUCAAUAUUCAAGUGAAGAAGAAGUGUCAAACGAGAGGCAAAGUACCAUAGAUAGACCUUCAGUCAGCGAAGACCUGGAUGGUGAAGGCUACAUGGUCAUGAAAGGAGUUUUGAUGCAGUGUUCUGCAAAAGAUGGAGGUCAAAAUGAGAGUCUCAACCUGUCUCAGGAGGAAGAAAACCCUGACAAUGAGCUCCCUCUGGAUUUCCAAGACACUUUUGGAUUCUUGGAUCAGAUGGAUAUGCCCACUUCAAAUCAGAUAAACGAGUUCUCAGUGGAGCCCCCUGCCUUUUAUAUGGAAGAUGAUGAAGAGGAAUAUACUCUGAGUCCAUCACAGAGCCAUCCUAUUAUGGAAACCUCACAGUUGGACUUGCCCCCUCACGUAAGCAGGCCACUGUCAAACAAAUCACAAAGCCUUCCUUAUAAAUCCUAUCCUUUCCAGCCAGCUAUAACAUUUUCUUCUGAUGAAGACUGUUACUCAGGGCCAAGUGAUGAUAGCAGUGAUUCGGAUAAAGGUGAAUAUGAGGACAUGUUCUUUAAAAGUCUACCUUCUGGAUGUCAAUUUCAGCAGUUAACCUGGGCAGUUCCCCCGAUCAUCCUAUUAGACUCUGACAGCAACAUAGAUUCUCAGAAAAAGAACCAGUCUGAGCUCUUAAAUCAGACUCACACCGUAUCCAAGGACAUUCAAGAUUGUCCCCCUGCUAGUGAAUCAGCUGAUAUAGAAAUGAUAGCCAACAACGCUGAUGAUCAGUGCUUAAUCGAAGCUGAUCUCAGCCCACUUCCUUUGGAGACAGAGCAUUUAAAUGUGGAAAGAAAGGAGGAUGAAGAUAGAAGUGUUGAGAAUGACGGAGAAGAUCAAUGUGACUCAGAAAAGCCUGGAAAUGUAAAUGAAUUGAUUCAAGAGGAAAAUAAAAAGAUGGAAAGUACUGACAGCAAAGAUGAAACACUCACCUGCAGUCACACAGAUAGCCAUUCCACAGAUGAUGAAAAUCAAGAAGACACUUAUUUUGGUCCAGACCCACCUUCUCCCACAGGGGAAGCAAGCAACAGUGGAACGGUUGAGACAUCCUGCUCAACUGAUCCUGUUACCAAUGAGGAACCUGCAAGCUCUGAGGAUCAAAAUGAGAGUACUGAUAGUUAUGUUGCCAUUGCUGAGAGUGAGACUACAGUAGACGUGACAAGCCCUGAAUUACAGAGUAGUCAAAAUAAAAUUGAGACUGACAAACUUUCAGGGGAAGCAGAAAUAAUUCUGCAUAACGACGUGCAAGAAGAAGCAGAUGGGAAUGAGCUGGAAGGAAUAGUGCUGAGUGAAGAAAGGGAAGUUGGUGAGGAGGGAGAGGAGGAGAGGGAUGAAAGGGAGAUAGAAGAAAAUAUGAUUCUAAAGGAAGAAAGUAUGGAAAGUGAGUAUACUGAGGGAGAGAAAAAUGAUGAGGGUCCUACAGAUCAGGUAGAUGUGGAUAAGACGGAAAAAGAGAGCGAUACGGUUCCACAAGAGGAGCAGACAUAUUUAGAGAAUAAAGGAGAAGAUGUAGAUGUUGAAAAGCAGAAGGAAGGCAGUGACGAAGGCAAUGAGAAUGAUCAACAAUUGGAGGAGGAGGAUGUAGAGGAGGAAAUUGAGACAAAGGAAGACUGUCAUUUGGAAGGCAUUGCAGAACUAAAAAAGGGAAGUGUUCCUGAAGAGCUGAGUGAAGAAGAUGACAGGUUUUCGGAGGAUGACGAGGAACAACAGCUUGAAAAGGAGAAGGACAGCAAGAGCGAGGAGAAAUGUGAGGAUCCUUCUACGUCAGAAAGGGAGAAACCGCUGAGACCUCCGAGAAUGAGAGACAGAGACAGAGAUGGUGCAGGGUUGGGGUUAGGCGUGGGCAGGACCGUGAUUAUAUCCAAACACAAAAUGUACCAAGUGAAAGCUGUUCCUGUUGUACCACCUAAACCACAGCAUUCCAAAAUCACUGCUUUCAGACAACAGUUUCAGCAGAGAGAUGCCGAGAGACAACAGACACCCAUUCAGCCUACAAAUACCGAGAGACAACAUACAGACAAAGAGCUUCCAAAGAAAGAAAGUGAAAAUGAAAUAGGGGAUGUAGCACAAAACCAUGACUGCCACAACACAGAAAAGGAUAACGGAACAGAGACAGACAGGGAGAUGGAAAGCAAGGAAGGUCAGGGAAAAACACCGCUGAAGGACACAAAGUCAUGCCACAGUUUGGAAGGGGAAGUAGAACAGGACAGAGAAGAGCAGAAGCAAAGGAGAGGGACAUGGGAUGGAGGGAGUUUGAGAAAGAAUGGCCAGAACGACUUAGACAAUGAGUCAAAAAGAACCAGCUGCAUUAGCAUGUGCUUUGAUGAAGCUGUUGCCAGGGCAACGGGAAAAAGGUACAGAGAGAAGGAAUCCAUAGAAAAAGAAAGAAUUGUUGAUUUACAAUAGGAAUAAAAGCAUGAGAAGAAAGAUGGAGUGAACCAGAGAUUGACUGACAUUAAAAACGGUGUACGAAUGUGUAAAAUAGGAUGUUUAUAGCUCCACCACACACAAAUUGGAUGCUAGGAAAACAAAAAAGUAAAAAAUAAACAAACCUUUUCAUUCUCAAAGGCUUUGAAAUUUUCUGCAUAUUCCAUUCUUACCUGUAAUUACACAUUGCCUGUGUGCGUGUUGUGGGCAUAAAUGAAUACUGUUACAUUUUGCUCAUAAAUAAUCAACAGCAUUUGUGUAUAGUCUAUUGUAAAUGAAAACAUAUUUUCAUUGUAAUAAAAAAAAAAAAACCUAUAUAUUGGGAAAUAUUGGUAAUGUACACAAAAUGAAAACAAAGAUUUAUAUGUAAUUGUGUGGAAAAUAUAACUGCCUUACAUUUCAUGCGUAAUUUCAUAUACAGGCUUGUUUACAUGAUGUAUGAUGUACCAGUUAAAAAAAAAUAAAUAAAUAA